AUGCGGCGCGCGAACAAGGAAGCUGAGAGCGGGUCCGCACGUCUCUGUGCGGAUGCCGAAGCAGAAACCACAGCAACUGAUGUCUCAUCGGUUGCUAAAGCGUCUCAGUCUGUGUCACCUGGUGAUGCAGACGCUCGUCAUGAAGACACUCAUGUCUUCACAGAGUAUGAGCUCGGUGUCUCAUACUCUCCUAAUACGGAAGACGGAUCCGUAUCGAAGGCGGUUGAAACCAAGCCGCCUGCCAAGCGUGGCAUGGACGAUGCUACGCUUCGUAGCAUCUUAAGUUCAUCUGAUUCAUCAGAUGAACCAUUGCCGAAGCGAAGGCGCUCGAGGUCGCAAGACUCGGGCGCUCACAGUGGUGUCGGUUCUCCUAUUGACACCACUUCGCAACGAGGUGCCAGUACUUCUGUCGGCACGUCGCAAGAAGAGCGGUACCGCAGUGUGUUGCGUCUCGCUCCCGAGAAGAAGGCAUGGCUGUCUCCAAAGUCGGUCAUGGAUCGCUUGUCGGCGACGACAAGUGAUCGCUAUCGAACACGAUUGUUUGAUUCGUCAAGGAUCCAUCACCUUGACCCCAGUGCGAAAGACUAUCACACUGAGAAUGAAUUCUUCAUCGAUGCUUUCUUUAGACAUCGAUGGUACAGUGGGAAUCACAAACAUGAUGGUCCCUCACUGCUUCAAGCGUGGAACGCUUACAUCCAUAACCUUGAGGAUGUAGGUCGUGACGUUUGGAACGACAAACUUAUUAAAGCUCGUGAUAAGUUCGAGAAACGAACCCCGACAGCGCGCGCAACUAAGGAGGCUUACCUCCUUACUAGCCCGUGGUGGCGCGUACGUAUCUCUACUGAGAUGUACGAAGGGAAAGAAAACCUGAAAUCCCUUUACGACCGUGCCGGGAAGAAUUUCUACGGCGGUCCUUCUGUGGCACAGGAUGUGCCGCGUCGUGCUGCUCAACCAGACCCAGUACGUCAAUCAUCAGUUGGGAGCGGGGCUCCCAAGUAUCCCAGGACGGAGAAUAACCCCGCCACCGGACGAGAUAACUCGUCCGACGUCCGUUCACGUCGCGGUGUUUCAACAGCUGCUCAACUAGAUAGCGCUGUCCACCGCGAGAGUCCUCUAAAGGAGGUGGAGGAGGAGGGAAAACGCUCUCCACACAGUCGUGCGAUCCUUGUGUUCCCGAGGGCUUCUUUGAUCGCGUAA